UUCCUCCAAGCUACUGGUCUUCAUCUUCAGACGACAGACCUCAGAUUCCAUAAGGAUGUUGGAUGUUUUAAUAAUUGGAGGAGGUCCUCAUGCUCUUACUCUAGCAACUCUGCUAUCAAACCCUGAGCAACCUCUCCACCAAUCCAGUGCUGACAUCCUUCAAGGAAUUCAGCUGAGCAAAACGAAAGUUAAAAGUUCACGCUACAAAAACAAAAAGAGGCAACCCACCACACCAGUGUUCGAGGGAAAGAAUGAGGAGAAACAUCUACCAUGUCCUCCACUGCACUUCAAGGUGGUGGAUUCUUAUGGAAAGUGGACAUCACUGUGGGAAAGCCAGUUUACUGGCCUGAAUAUCCCACACCUCCGAUCACACAUGCUGGUGCACACUGAUCCAUUCAAUAAGAAGGCCUUGCAGGAGUUUGUGGUGGAGCAAAAUCGGUUGGAGGAGCUGCGUGGUCUACCUGAGCAAAUUUAUAUUCAGGAUGAGAAUGCAUUUUUUAAUGACAACCGGCUGGGAAAAAGGGACAAAAAGCUUCUAAGCGCAACCAACGGCCUGCAGAAGAAUCUGUACUUCAGUCUGCCAGGAACACAGCUCAGUGUAGACUUCUUCCAGCAGCAGGUACGCAAAUAUGACCUGAACAGUGUCCUCAUCAGAGGCACAGUGGACAGAAUCAUUCCAGUCCUAUUUGAGGAUGAGAGCAAGGUGAAGUUUUUCAGGGUGACACUACACACUGGGGAAAAUGUAGAGGCAAAAAUGGUUGUCAUGGCAACGGGGCCUUCCAGGGCACAGAUGGCAAACAUUCCAUCUUGGGUGCAGGCGAUCCAGGAGAGCUACCCAGAGGACAGUCUGCAACACACCGUGCAGCUUAUGCAUUACUCCUGUGCACAUGAAGAUAUGGGCGAGCCCUCAGCAGGUCCUCCUCCUGUGUGCCAUAUGGGUCAGAGAGUGAUGGUGGUAGGUGGAGGUCUGACCAGCGCCCACAUUAUCUUAAUUGCGCUGAAGCAGGGUGCCCGUCAUGUGACCUGGGUCUUACGUAAACACUUACAGCUGAAGCAGUUUGACGUUGGGGACAUUGAGAGUCUGAUUGGACGCUAUUCACAUGUUGAACACGGAAUCAAGAUGGAUGGCCUAGCCUACCUAAGGCAGUUCUAUAAUGAACGGAGUAUUCACAAGAGGCUAGUGAUGAUAAAACAGGCCAGGAAAGGAGGAGCGGUGACCCCCGAGGCCUACACACAACUCUUGCCUUUUAUUCAAAGUGGCCAGCUUCUGGUCAGAGCUCACUGCCAGGUGACUGAGGCUAAAUGGUGUUAUCAGUCUCAGAGUUGGAGGGUCUCCCUGUGUACUGGUGAACAGUGGAAUGGAGAAAAGAUUUGGCUGGCGACAGGCUGCAAACUGGAUGUUAACCAAGACCCUUUACUCUCUGACAUCAUGACAAAAUUCCCCAUUCAAGUAUUGGAGGGCUGGCCAUGCAUAACAGAAUCAUUACAAUGGACACCAGGAUGUCCCCUAUACCUGAUGGGACAAUAUGCAGCACUUCAGGUUGGGCCUCAUGCUGUAAACCUUGCAGGAGGUCAAGCUGCAAGUAUACGCAUAUUCAAAAACAUCAUGGCUCAACACAGUGGAUUGGAUGAGAGUGCAUCAGCAAGGAUGGAGAGGACAAGGACCGAAGAGUACAUAUCACACAUGCACGGCCUCAUGUGGUUGUAAAAUGUGCAUACAGACGCCAAGUGGAGAGGGAAGUUCAGUGGUCUCAGGUUUUUUUUUUUUUUUUUUUACGUUCCCAGCGUUACUCGUCAUAAUUGCAUUUUACUAGUAAAAAUUCCAAUGAGCUCUAUAAUUGAAUUUUUACUAGUAAGAAUUUAAAUUACAGAUCCAUUUAACUGAAUUUUUAAUAAUAACAUUUCCAAUUAGAGAGCUCUACAAUUGCAUUUUACUAGUAAAAAUUCCAAUUACAGAGCUCUACAAUUGAAUAUUUACUUGUUAUAGUUAGUGCUCUAAAAUUGAGCUUUUACUAGUAAAGAAUGUAAUUGUAGAGUUCUGCAAUUGCAUUCUUACUAGUAAAAAUGCAAACAGAGUGCUCUGUAAUUGUAAUUCUUACUAGUAAUAAAUGAAUUUUAGAACUCUGUAAUUGGAAAUCUUACUAGUAGAAAAUCUAUUGUAGUGUUCUCUAAUUGAAAUAUUACUAGUAAAAAUGCAAUUACGAGUAACACUGGGAGCCUUAAAAGCUAAUUCAGCUUGCCAUAGUGGAAGCUUUAUAAGGGAAAAUGCUGAGAACAGGCUUGAAACAUCAGCAGAUCAUGUUCUGCUCACAAAUAAAUAAACACAGUUUUGUCUUGUUUAAUUGAAUUAAACUGCCUAUCUCAUGGGUAAAUGCAUAGUCAUUCUAUGUGGCUGAAAAUUGUGCAUAGUCAUUGUGACUGGCACUAUACAGAGACUGUGAUCUGUGCAGGAAGUCAUGACAAACCCAAAAUGACAACAUAAAUAACACACACCUGUCUCAGGUGAACUCAAAUGAACUGCAAGAGUGAAUUAUAUUGCACUGUAGAGUUGUUUCUAAAUAAAUGCAUGUCUUGAUUUCAUGAUUCCCAAAACUGGAGAGAUUCUAUUCACCGGCCAAUAAGCCCUAACCCUAACCCUUGACAUCGAACUCUAAAGCUCCGCCCCCAAAUUGAGGCUAUCUUUGCACAGGACAGUUCCAGAGCCCAGUAUUUAAUUCCCCAUUUUGUGAGCUUUAACUCAUGCUUUCUAGUGCUGGACCUCCAUGUUGCCUGAAACAUGCAGGUGUGUUUUCUUGCAAGCGGUCACGUGGCUGUCAGUUCACAGCUGUGCUUUGAGAUCACAGGCCGCCCGUGGCCACAGGUCAAGGGGUCAGAUGUUGACCUCUUACCCCCGCCUCCUGUAUCCUGUUGAGAGCAGCGUGUCUGUGUGGGAGAUGUCAUGUAAUCCGUUCAGCCUGUAUGUUGGACCACAGGCCAUGCAGAUUCAUUUUUGGGAAGAGACACAAAUUUAGCAAAUUUUUGUUGAUACCACAUUAACACCUGACCUUACAAAAAGUGCAGUUUUGAUCAUACAUUUUGCAAGACCUAUACAAGGCAUUUCUAAAAAAUGAAUAUUUGAAUUAAUAUUGCAUUAAACAUUUCAGGCUUUUCUGUAAGAUAUGCAUCAUCAGAACGUCAAUUCUUACUCAAUAACAAUUUCAUUUCUCUCUCAAAGAGCUUUAGACAUUUCUGCAUUUGCACUGAACUUUAUUCCCCAUCAGGGUUUUUCCAAAAUCCCUCGAACAUAAAUGUUGUCUAUUCUGCUACUCUGCAAUUUUUGACACAUUUUCCUUUAUUUACUGUGUUAUAAGUUAUAUUUAUUUGGGCACCUUUCUUGUCAAUUUUGAUAUA